AUGCUGGCUUUGGUCAACUCUGGUGGACUCACUCGGUGCUCGUAUGGUAUUGGUUCGUAUCCGGAGCGAACGUGCAACACCCCCCCAGGACAUUUUCUCAUCGACGCUUCUAGCAAUGACAGCGACGCAAACGACUCGUUCACCAUGGUUUCUUUGCUGCUGACUGGUGGGCGCAUCAAGGACACGAGUGCUUUCGAAGCAGCGCUCCAGGCUUCUGCCGAUGGCGAUCACCUGAAGGCGGCCAUGCGUACUGUGCUCAUGUCGCCCGAGUUUCACACCGAGGGCGACCCCCAGCCCGCUGGCGAGCGCCCCUCGGUGCAGGAGGAGCCGACCUCGCAGUCGGACUCUUACAAGGCCAUGGUCUUCCUAUGGUUCGGCGGGGGCCUGGACUCCUUCAACCUGCUUGUGCCCACAUGCCCCGACCUCUUCGAAGAGUACGUAACCGUCCGGCAGAACGUCGCCCUGGCCCAGGGCCAACUACUGGAGAUUUCCGCGGACACCCAGAAUUGCAGCACGUUUGGCGUCCACCACGCCCUCCCCUUCGUCCGCGACCUCUACGCGCAGGGCCAGCUGGCCUUCGUGAGCAACGUCGGCGGCCUGGUGCAGCCCACCACGAAGGCGGAGUACCGGACCGCGCCCACGUGCGCCGGGCUGUUCUCGCACAGCGACCAGACCAACGGCGCGAUGACGCUGCAGUGCCAGGUGCAGGGCGUGUCCCCGAAGGGCUUUGGCGGGCGCCUGGCCGAUGUCCUGGCGGCCCAGGACUACUUCACGACCUCGUUCUCGCUCGCGGGCUCGUCCACGUGGUCGCAGGGGCAGGGCAUCGGCGUGGAGAUCAUCGACGGCAGGAACGGCGCCGUGCGCCUGCAGGGCUACCAGGAGCUCCAGGCGAUCGUGGGGAACAGCACUGGCAUCACGUACGGCAACGUGUACAGCGAGGAGUACGCCCGGCAGCUCGCCGUCGCGAUACGGUCCAGCGAGACGCUGGGUGGGCUGCUCGAUUCGGCACAGCUUACGACCUCCUUCGGCACCGUCACGUCCAUCGCCAGGCAGCUGCACCAGGUCGCCAGGCUCAUUGCCACGAGGACAGAGCGCGGGGCGGAGCGCGAUUUCUUCUUCGUCGAGCAGGGCGGCUUCGAUACGCACACGACUUUGGACCAGGUGCUCCAGGGAAACUUCGCCGAGCUCAACGAUGCCCUGAAGGACUUCGUGGCCGAGCUAAGGGGACAGGGCAUCUUCGACUCGGUAGUGCUGGUGACCAGCUCCGACUUUGGCCGCACCCUGACCUCGAACGGAGCGGGGACGGACCACGGUUGGGCGGGAAACCAUUUCGUGUUGGGUGGCAGCAUCAACGGCGGCCGCAUCUACAAUCCGUUCCCCGAGUCUUUGCUGGAAGGCAGCCUCCAGGACGUGGGACGUGGAAGGCUGGUCCCACAAUAUCCGUGGGAGAGCGUGAUGGUCCCGAUUGCGCAGUGGUUGAUCGGGCAAACGCCGUCGUCGCGGGCCGCUGUUGGCCGGUUGAGUUCCGUUUUUCCGAACCUCGCCAAUUUCAACACGUCUGAACACAUCAUAAGUGCUGACUCUCUGUUCGUCGGCUUCAGCGUCACUACCCCGGCACCGACACCCACGUUGACACAAUCGCCGACGACUCCAUCUCCGACUGUCGCUCCAGUGUCGACUCGAAUUGUUUCCAGCGUCGAAGGAGGUGAUACAGAAGUGCUUGUGGAGUCCACGGUAGGAUUCGCGGUAGGUGACACCGUCGCGAUCGAUGGCGGAGGCAACCGCGAGACGAGAGUCAUCAUCGAGAUCCGGAGCUCGCGCGCCACGUCGUCGUCGGCGAGCAGUGGAGUUCUUGUGUUGGACAACGCCCUGACCAACCACUACCCGAUCGACUCCAUCAUCGUCGUGUACGUCACCGCAGCGCCGACUGUAGCACCCACUCCUGUGCCGACCUCUGUGCCGACGCCUCCCGUCGCGGGCCCAGGGUCGGGGGGUGGCUCUGCCACUGGCGACCCCCACUUGCGAAAUGUUCAUGGCCAGCGGUUCGACCUGAUGAAGCCUGGCAGGCACGUCCUGAUACAAAUCCCAAAGGGAGAACGGGAUGCUAGCACGCUUCUUCGUGUGCAGGCCGACGCGCGCAGGCUGGGCGGAUGCAAGGACAUGUACUUCCAGGAGAUCAACGUCCGAAGCGCUGCGCCCCCUGCCGCCCGCCCCCCGAGGCAGAGCCACCGUGUGGCCAUGCCGGAACAGGUCUGGGCAUUUCGGGCAUCGUUUGGCAUCUGA